UUGUUGUAAACAUAGUUGUAAACUUCUGUCAAGGCUGGUAAUGUGGUCACAGGAGAGAUGGUGGAGGAGCUGAUUCUCGCUGGUGCCGACAUCAUUAAAGUGGGCAUCGGUCCAGGCUCAGUGUGUACAACCCGUAAGAAGACAGGUGUGGGCUACCCUCAGCUGAGUGCUGUAAUUGAGUGUGCUGAUGCUGCACAUGGCCUGGGUGGACACAUCAUCUCUGAUGGAGGAUGUACCUGUCCUGGUGAUGUCUCUAAGGCUUUUGGUGCGGGAGCGGACUUCGUGAUGCUGGGUGGAAUGUUGGCGGGUCACUCUGAGAGCGGAGGUGAGACCAUUGAGAAAAACGGCAAAAAGUACAAACUGUUCUACGGCAUCAGCUCUGAUACGGCCAUGAAGAAGCACGCAGGAGGAGUAGCAGAGUACAGUGUCUGGCGUAAAGAGCACUUCGAUUAACAUGAGUGUGCACUGAACACAGCGUUACAGCAGUCUGGUGUAAAUGGGGAUUAAGAGGAGCUCUGUUUGAGAUUUAUGUACAGAUGAGGAGAUGAGAAAGCUG